UCCAGUCCAGUUUGUGUGAGAGUUGAUGGAGGCCCAGCUGGAGUGUUGCUUUCGAAUGAUUCAUGAAAGUGUCUUGUUUUCAUAUAAGGAAACGUAGUCAAACUCAAGUUUGGAAUUUAGGACGACCCGUAAUCCUACGCUGAAAUAAGAAAAUCAGAAUGGCUAAAGUUAUCACACAAGAAACAUUCGACGGUGUGCUGAAGGAAAAUAUUGUUGAAUUUUCCAUGACAGUGGAAGAAGCUCGCGAGGAAACGGUCAAACAAUUCGAAGCUCAGGGUAUUAAUUUGGCUAACAUCAUUAGGGAUCUAAAUCUCAACCCGGACACAGGUGUUUCGUUGCUGAAUGAAAGCAUAGAAUACUUAAAAAGUCGAGGGACCCUGCAGAAUGCAGACAAAGACGUUCUCAAUCAUCUAACGAUCGUCACCGCUGAAUGUAAAUUGGGUGUGCCUCACAGGGUCUUGGCAGCUAAGUUAGGUGCAUACGACUUCAUUGUAGAGAGACUAGAAAAGGAAAACCCAAAUGCGGAAUUGUUGCUCAAACUAGUGCAGGCUGCCAACGCCAUCAUCAACAAGCAUCCAGAUGUUUUUAAUAUACAAUCGUUGCACGUAAUUUUAAGACUUCUAGCGACUGAAUCUGAUACGGCAAUUAUAUGCGAUUUGCUUCGAUGGCUACAAAAAGCUUGCCUACUUCACGAAUCAAACCGUCAGAUGAUUAUGGAAGAUGUCCGAAGUGUGAAGCAAUUCAAGAUUCUCUUGCUGCAUGAUGCAGUAGAAGUGAUCAAAAAUGUUUGCGCUUUAUUUCGGUUUCUUGUACUGGAUGAUGACAUUCGUGUCGAAUUUGGUAAGGCGCACGAACAUGCUAGAACGCUGGGAAUGGAGACAAUCACAGAUGUAACUAAGCUCUUAUUCAAGUUCAAGUCGGAGCAGGAACUAGUUUGCGACUUACUGUUAACUAUUGCUACUCUAACAGUUCGCAACGAGCUCUGUCAAGUAGUAGAAGAUGCCGGAGGUCUCCAGUUCAUAAUGGAUGCAAUGGUAGAAUUUCCCGAAUCGGUGAAGCUUCUCCGAGAAGCCUGCAAGCUAUUGAAAGCACUCGCGGGUAAUGAUACCGUAAAACUGCACAUCGUUCAAAAUGGUGCGGCGCCGCUGAUUGAAUCGGCACUCAACAGACAUAAGGAUAAUGAGACAUUUGCCCGCCAUGCAUUGGCCUGUGUGGCCGUACUUGCCUUAAGAGAAAAAGACAAUAGUAAGGCACUAUAUGAAACUGGAAUUGCCGAAACCAUAGUGCAAACGAUGAAAAUUCACCCGGGAAGUAAAGUUAUCCAGCGGAACGGGGCUUGGUCGAUACGAAACAUGGUUUCGCGUUCGAGAGAUCAGUGCGACGCCUUCAUUAGUCAUGGUAUAGAGGACGUUCUCAACCAGGCGCUUAAGGAUCAUCCGACGAUUGCCCACGAUAUUAAAUCAGCGCUGCGAGAUCUUGGGUGUAAGGUGCAUCUAAAUGAGGAAUGGAAAGCUCAUUCCGAUAUACAGAUCAACCGCGACUAGUGAAUCCGAUAGCAUAUUUUGGGACGCACAUAAAAUACUCGCGCGGAGUUUUUGCCUCUAUGUAUUGAUCUUUUUGUUGUUGCACGAACGUGUUGUUUUUUAUUUAUCUGCCGUACUUGAAAAAUUUCAAUUAAAAUUGUAUGAAUGAUUUGGAUAUUAAAAUAUAAUAUGCAAUUUUUUCCAAUAA